AUGUUGUCAAAGUUUGUGCUAUUAUUUGUCUCAUUUUCUGUAGUCUCAAGUAUUAAAGGACCAGAAUGUGCACAACCUGAAUUUUUCAAAGUAUUAGGAUGUAUUGGGGUGAGUCUUGAAAAUCUAAUCAAAAUUUUGGUGAAUAAAAAAAUUCAGGGGCUUUCUCAAUUCGUCAGUAUUCAAUUCGAUUUAACGAAACCAGAAGAACGUCAAAAUUUCACCGAAUCUUGUAAAGUAGCAACUGAUUGUUUUGGAGAUAUCACAUGUCUUCAUGCGGAUCGUCUCAAAUUAUUCCUAUCAACUUAUUGUGGAUAUUCAACAUUUUUAGAGACUGAAUUUAAAGAAUGUAAUGAUAAAUUGAACAAAAAAGAGAACAAUUAUUCAUGUGAAAAGAGUUUCAAAUCAUUUUUCGAUAAUGUGAGUGGACAUUUUUGAAUUUCUGAAUUUAAAAUUAAUCAUGAUUUCAGGGAACUUCGGAAACUGAAAAAUGCGAAAAUUUGACAAAAGCAACAAAAUGCAUAACUAAAGAAGUUGGAAAAAUCUGCAGUGCUGAAGAUGCAUCAAAAAUGAAUGAAUAUUUGACAAAAAUGUAUCAAGGAUUAUCAUGUGAUUUAGCUAAAAGUCAAUAG